GUGCGGGAAGCCGUCCUUUCCUGGGCUCAGACCCGGAGUAAACACUGGAAUUUCUCCACCUGUUUGCUCAGCCUGCCAAGCCUGGAGUGGUUCCCGCGUCUCUUUAUCAGACAGCUCAGGGCCCUUCAUCCUACUAGUAUCCCUCGCCUGCUUCUGCAAGCGGUUGACAGAGCGUCAGUUCUUAACUUUUCCUUCCUCCCUUGCAUCCUCCAGUAGUUUUUUCCAUGGACUUCCUCAUGUCUUCUGUACCAGGAUCUCUCGAAGUCUCACCUGACCUGGCCUCUCACCUGCAAAACAAGAGCGGCGAAGCAGUAAACAUGCAGGUAUUCCUGGGAGCGGGAGUGGCUGUCCUCUGUUUCUGCCUCCUCCUUGGCUGUGUGAUAUGCUGGCAUUGGCAAAAAAAACCGAAAGGCAAGAGUGGCGCGUGGCUGCCGGAUUCCACCCUCGUGGAUCUGGGGCCGACUCUGCCGUCCCGCGUGACAGCAGUGCCCAUUCAGCAACAGUACACAGAGAUAGAAGGAGAAGUUCUGGAACGUCCGUCUCCCGCAGUCGCAAAAUCACCCGGUGUAUCCGGCCACGGCAGCCCUCCCAAGAGCCUGUGCCGUGGCAGAGCCUCUUUACCCAUCAUCGCCUUUCCGUCAAAGCUGAGCCUGACGGUUAAACCAGCGCCGAGCCUGGAACGUCGGUGCACCAUUUCCGGGAGCAGUGCACUAGGGGACGAGAGCCACCUUCUUUCCGGUACUGUCCGGGACGCCGACAUCACGCCGUUAUACACCGUGCCACGGAGCCUGCCCAGCGCCGGUCCAAAGCCACGGCCGUGUCUCCACUUCACUUUGUUUCACUCGGAGCCCGAGGCCACGCUGAUCGUGACCGUGAUCGGGGUCUCCCACCUGCCCAAGGGCUUCCGGGCCAGCCGUGAUUCCUACGUCAAGGUCUGCUUGCUCCCAAAGUCUGCCGAGCCCCAGCGCACGGCCUUGCACAAGAAGAGUCUCAAUCCCAAAUUCCACGAGCGGUUUCACUUCAGCCACUGCAGCCGGGAGGAAUUGCGGGGUCUGACGCUGCGCUUUGCCGUCUACGCAAAGGGAUUCCGCAACCUGAAGGAUUUUUUCAUCGGGGAGGUGAUGUUCCCGUGCGCGCAAGCUGCAUGGGAACAAGGCGUAUCCUCUGCCUAUACCCAAGAACUGUCAACAACCAAAACCAAACUGAAAAAGUGCCUCAGUUUCCAGGAAACGAGCCCUUCGUUUUCCCAGCCCAGGUCUGCGGGGCAGCUGUUCCUCCUACUACAAUACCAAGCUCUGGCCAAUCGCAUCAAAGUGCUGGUGCGCAAGGCUGAGAACCUGGGCCGGCUCACUCGCAUCCCGGGGACGCCAGACCACUACGUCACGAUCCGCCUGCAUCACGAUGGGAAGGUCGUUGACGCCAAAGAGACCAAAUCGAUCGCUGGCUGCAACCCCGUGUGGAACACCCCGUUCCUUUUCAGCAUUCCCGCAGGAGACAUUUUGGAGCAGGCGCUGUCCCUGGAGUUCGUGGUCAUGCAGUGGAGUUCAAGUGGGUCAUCCAGACACCCGCAACAUACAUGUGGCACAAUUACCUGCCACGAAAGGAUGCUGAUUGUUCCGUCUCUGUGUGAGUCCCUGCAGGAGGCUUGCCCUUUCUGA